CAACAUACUUAAAUGCCAAAGAGAGUGAGGAAGAAACCUUUUUCACUAAAACAUUCAUCAACAGCAACCCUGCAUUAGUUCUUCAUCACUUCUCAUAAGGAACAGGACAUACUCUCUUACUUUUACAUAUACAGACACAGAAUUCUAGUUUUGUUCUCCUCGUGGCUUGUGGGAUGCAACAGCUAAGCGGCCUUGACUGGAGAUUCAUCCGGCUUUUCAUCCAGAUGACCCUUCUGCUCACCUUCCUGUGCCCACCCACAGAGCCUGUUUCCUGGGACAAUGACUCAAGCGGCAGGCCUGGGGAGGAUUGUGGGGGUUUGCAGGUAGAUGUGUGCGGUGUGUGUGCAGGCGACGGGAGCUCGUGUGAACUGUUCAGCGGAACACGCUUUCUGUCUGUGCUUUCCGUCGGCUACCACAAGAUCCUGGACAUCCCCUCUGGAGCUCAACGAAUCAAAAUACAGGAAACACAGAAGACCAGGAACUACUUAGCUCUCAGGACAGCGACUGGUGAAUCAGUAAUAAAUGGUGACUGGGUGAUUGACAGGCCAGGGCAGUUCUAUGCCGCGGGUACUGAACUCACGUAUAAACGACCCAAUGAGAUAAGCAGCAGAGCAGGAGAAUCCAUCACUGCUCCUGGGCCGACCAAUCAAGAGCUGCAUCUCUUUGUGAUAUAUCAACAGCCCAAUCCAGUGAUAUAUUUUGAAUACAUUCUUCCCAGAGAGCCCAUCAUCAAUGUUGAUUCAGAUUCUUACUCCAGUGUUCUUCCUCUAGAAAGCCAUGAGUUAUUUCCAGGACCUGAGAUUAGCAACGGUGAAAACUCGAUGAGCAGCUCUCACCCAAACCAGGUUCCAUCAGACCCGCUGACCUCUGAACCACUUCCCCUGUACAGCUGGGUUGCCAUGGCAACAACAUCCUGCAGCACCACAUGUGGAACAGGCAGUCGUCAGGUUCUGUUCAGCUGUGUAGAUAGGGCCACUCAAACUACUGUACCGGAUGAUCUCUGCAGACACGCCCAUCAUCCCGGACCCCAGGUAGAAGACUGUCAAUCACAGCCGUGCCCGGCCUUCUGGGAUGUUGGGGAGUGGUCAGAGUGCAGUAAGACUUGUGGUCCAGGUUAUCAGCAUCGUCAGAUCAUUUGCCGGCAGACGCGGGGACACCGUGGGAAUAGCACAGUUGUUGUGGCAUCCAGCCUCUGUGAUGUCACUGAAAUGCCUGAGACGACCACAGUGUGCCAGCUGAAGAUCUGCAGCGAGUGGCAGAUUCGCUCGGAGUGGACAGAGUGCUCGGUGCCAUGUGGAGUGGGUCAGCGCAGUAGAGAAGUUGUGUGUGUGGAUAACCUGGGCGACGUAGUUUUAGAUGAGGAAUGCAACAUGGCCCUUCGCCCGCAGGACCUGCAGAACUGUGACAGGGGAGUGUGUGCCAGUAGCUGGUUCUACUCUCUCUGGAGUGACAGGUGUUCUGCAGACUGUGCAGAAGGAAGUCGCAGUCGGUCAGUAGUGUGUAUGAUGAGCCACACCAACUCUCUGCCUUUAGACAACUGCAAAGAAGAGGAUAAACCAGACGAGCUCAUGCCGUGUGACCUGGGACCCUGCACACAGAAGCUGGAAUGGUACACAGGACUGUGGGGACAGUGCUCAUCCGAAUGUGGUAAUGGUACUCAGAGUCGAAGUGUGGUCUGUGUUCUCCAAAGCAACGACCAAUUAGAAGUCACCUCAGACGAUAGCUGCUCUCAUUUGCCCCGCCCUCCAAAUGCACAAAUCUGCAAUUUGAAAAGCUGCGGUGCCCAAUGGUACAUUACAGACUGGAGCUCAUGUUCUCGGACAUGUGAAGGAGGCUUUCGAGUGAGGGAGGUGCGUUGUUUGCGAGAAGACUUGACCUUUAGCUAUGACUGUGACCCUCUUCUUGAACCUGCAAAACAAGAGGAGUGUAAUAUACACACCUGCACGCCACAGAUCGAUGAGUCCUGCAUGGAUAUGUAUUAUAAUUGUGUGGUGGUGGUCCAGGCUCAUUUGUGUGUGUAUUCAUACUAUCGCACCACAUGUUGCGCGUCAUGUUCUCGGGUCGCUCGAAGAGACACGCUGCUUAGAAUCAGGUGAUCCUGACACCUUGGGAUAUGACAUCACUGCUCUCCUCUCCCUGAACUACGAUGCCCUUGUCUUUUUGAGGUCAUGACAUCAUCCCCCAUCUGUUUUCAGCUGGAUCUCACCUUGAUGACAUCGCUGUUCACCCACUCUGUCUUUCAUUUAAAGAGACUUCAAAUUUUACCGCUCUUCCUUUUUUACGACACAAAGUGAGAAUGCUCCAUGAGUAAUUUAGUAUUUAUUGCAAAUAAAAGCAACUGAGCCACUUUUAUUUUUUGAAUCAUGUUUAUUCAUCUCUAAAAACAAACAAAACGUCUAUUGCAUUUGUUAACUUUCAUAUUUAAAUGGUAAUUUAUAUAACUAGUUGUAGAAGACAAUAGUUGUAUGUCUAUUGUGUUUGUCUGCUGUUUUAGCAGCAAGUUGUUUUGCUUAACAUAAUAAA